AUGACAGGGAAGCGCAUUUUGGCGAGGUGUUCGAACGAGAAGUACGAGCAAGACGUAAAAUAUGUCACCAAACAGACUUACGUUCUCUUGCGAAUAAUCGGUAUUUGGUCGUUGCAUGAGGAACAGUUGUCUGUCACUCAAAUUUUCUCUAAACUUUCCGUGAUGGCUGUUUGCUGCGUACUCGUGUGUUGCGACUUGGUGCUGUUUGUUCUCAGUUACAUGUUCAGCUCCGAGGAAGACACGCAAUCGAAGCUGAAACUGAUCGCUCCCAUAGUUUAUAUAGUAAACGCGCUCGCCAAGUACGUGUCUCUCAUCAUGCAUGAGAACGAGAUCAGAAGUUGCGUAAGACACGUGAAAGACGAUUGGAGAUUUUUCGCUACGCCGAACGCGAGAGAUAUCAUGAUGAAAAACGUAAAAGCGGCGAGAAAUAUGUUCACUAUAUGCUGUAGCUUUCUGUACUGCACCGGUCUUCUUUAUCACUUGGCCGCUUUGUCCGCGGGAAAAGCUGUUGGCGUUAAUAACGAUACGAAUGUGUCGCUCGAGAAUUCGAGCCGCACCGUCCUGUUCGACGAACAGCGCAGUCCCGCCUUCGAAAUUUGUUUUAUGAUACAUUUCCUAAGUGGUUUCAUCAUGUACACGGUCACGAUCGUGAUUUACGGACUCGCUUCGAUUCUUCUGAUGCACGCGUGCGCGCAAAUGAAGAUUCUGAUGAUAUUAAUGAAGAACCUCGUCAAAGAGGAGGCGUGCAAAGAGAAGAUCGUAAACGAGAAUUUGACGAUCGUGAUCGAGCAUCAAGCGAGAAUACGUAGGAUACUGCUUUCUAAUGGUAGGCACAAUGCGCCUACGGAAUGGCAAGACGGAAAUAUCGCAAACGCGUGCAGUUUUCUCGUUGCUCUGGUUACUGAUACAAUUAACAUAUUUAUUCUCUGUUACAUCGGCGAGCAUAUUACAGAAACAGCAAAUCAAGUAGCAUUGACAGCAAAUACGCUAGAGUGGUAUCGUCUUCCACAGAAGAGAGUGCGUGACAUUGUGUUGAUAGUAAUCAUAUCGCACAUUCCGUUAAAAGUAACAGCUGGAAAAAUUAUCGGUCUUUCCUUCAAAACGUUUGGAGAUUGCGUACCCAGCAUGCUGUAUUGCAUAUUCAUCACCGAGGCGGAAUCUCGCGCGAAACUGCAAAUGAUCGCGCCCAUGGUCUAUUCAUUCACCGCGCUCGCCAAGUACGGCACAUUGAUCGUUUACGAGAACGAGAUCCGAAGCUGUCUGAGACACAUCAAGGACGACUGGAAAUUCGUCGCGAUUGCGGACGCGAGGAACGUCAUGAGGGAGAAGGCAAAAAUUGGCAGACACAUAUUCACCAUCUGUUGCACGUUCCUGUACUCUGCCGGUCUCUCCUAUCACACGAUCGUGCCGUUAUCGAGGGGAAAAACGAUCACCAGCGAGAACGCGACGAUCAGACCGCUGGCUUACGCGGGUUACUUCGUUAUCUUCGACGAGCAACGCAGUCCCGCUUACGAGAUCGUGUUUCUGCUGCAGUUCUUCGGCGGCUUUGUCAUGUACUCCGUCACGAUCGUGAUUUACGGCCUCGCCGCGCUCCUCGUGAUGCACGCGUGCGCGCAAAUGAAGAUCCUGAUGACGUUGCUGAACGAGCUCGUCGACGAAAAGCGCGACGAGAAAGCCGCGUUCGAGAAGUUAGCGACGGUGGUCGAGCAUCAUAUCAGAAUACGAAAUUUCGCAUUAGUCAUUGCUUUCAGCUUCUUGUACAUGGUAGAAGACACGCUGCAACAAAGCAGUUUGUUCGAAAUAUUGGGUAACACGAUCAUGAUGUGUUUCGUGGGAUAUUGCAUUCUGAUGGAGUGGCAGGAUGGGAACACCGCGAACGUGUGCACCUUUCUCGUAGCUUUAGCUUCUGACACGGUUAACAUAUUUCUUCUCUGUUACAUUGGCGAACACAUUGCCGCGGCUGCAGAUGAAGUAGCUUGGACGACAAGCACGCUGGAAUGGUAUCGUCUUCCAUCGAAGAGAACACGCGACGUUGUGCUAAUAGUCAUUAUAUCGCAUAUUCCGUUAAGGAUCACUGCAGGGAAACUUUUUGUUCUUUCCUUCAAGACAUUUGGCGACGUAAUAAAGUCGGCAGUCGUGUACUUCAAUAUACUUCGUACAGUUACUGAUCAAUGA